AUGGAGAAGGUGAUGAUGAGCAGGAAGCCGGGUGACUGGAGUUGCAGGUCGUGCCAGUACCUCAACUUCUGCAAACGGGACGCUUGCCAGCGGUGCGGCGAGGCUAAGCUGGGCGCUGAGCGGCCGGACUACGCGGCCAUGGGCGGCAGCUGGGAAGUCAAGCCCGGCGAUUGGUACUGCGGCUGCUGCGGCGUCAAUAACUACGCCAAUCGCGCCAGCUGCUUCAAGUGCAGCGCCGCAAGGACAGACUCCGCCGCCGUGGCGCACAACUGGGGGUUCAACGCCGCUGGCCAGGCCGGCUGGAAGGCCGGCGACUGGAUCUGCCCCAGACUGGAUUGUAACGUGCAAAACUACGCCAACAGAACCGAGUGCUUCCGCUGCAAUGCGCCCAAAUCAUACUAUGGUUAG